AUGACGGUGGAGUUCGAGGAGUGCAUCAAGGACUCGCCGCGCUUCAGGGCGACCAUCGAUGAGGUGGAGACGGAUGUGGUCGAGAUGGAGGCCAAGCUGGACAAGCUGGUCAAGCUGUGCAGCGGCAUGAUCGAGGCCGGCAAGGCCUACGUCACCACCAACAGGCUCUUUGUGAGCGGCGUGCGCGACCUGUCCCAGCAAUGCCAGGGAGACACCGUCAUCUCGGAGUGUCUGCAGAGGUUUGGAGACAGCCUGCAGGAGAUGGUCAACUACCACAUGAUCCUGUUUGACCAGGCCCAGAGGUCCGUGCGGCAGCAGCUCCACAACUUCAUCAAAGAGGACGUGCGGAAGUUCAAGGAGACCAAGAAGCAGUUUGACAAAGUCCGGGAGGACCUGGAGCUGUCCCUGGUGAGGAACGCCCAGGCCCCGCGGCACCGGCCCCACGAGGUGGAGGAGGCCACCGGCGCCCUGACCCUCACCCGAAAGUGCUUCCGCCACCUGGCCCUGGACUACGUGCUCCAGAUCAAUGUCCUCCAGGCCAAGAAGAAGUUUGAGAUCCUGGAUUCUAUGCUGUCCUUCAUGCACGCCCAGUACAGCUUCUUCCAGCAGGGCUACAGCCUGCUGCACCAGCUGGACCCCUACAUGAAGAAGCUGGCGGCCGAGCUGGACCAGCUGGUGAUCGACUCGGCCGUGGAGAAGCGGGAGAUGGAGCACCGGCACGCGGCCAUCCAGCAGCGGACACUGCUGCAGGACUUCUCCUACGAUGAGCCCAAAGCGGAGUUUGACGUGGACGCGCCCAGCGGGGUGGUGAUGGAGGGCUACCUCUUCAAGAGGGCCAGCAACGCCUUCAAGACGUGGAACCGGCGCUGGUUCUCCAUCCAGAACAGCCAGCUGGUCUACCAGAAGAAGCUGAAGGACGCGCUCACGGUGGUGGUGGAUGACCUCCGGCUGUGCUCCGUGAAGCCGUGCGAGGACAUCGAGCGGAGGUUCUGCUUCGAGGUCGUGUCGCCCACCAAGAGCUGCAUGCUGCAGGCGGACUCCGAGAAGCUGCGGCAGGCCUGGGUCCAAGCCGUGCAAGCCAGCAUCGCCUCCGCCUACCGGGAGAGCCCGGACAGCUGCUACAGCGAGAGGCUGGACCGCACGGCGUCCCCCUCCACCAGCAGCAUCGACUCGGCCUCGGACUCCCGGGAGCGCGGCGCCAAGGGUGAGAGCGUGCUGCAGCGCAUGCAGGGCGUGGCUGGCAACGGCCAGUGCGGCGACUGCGGCCAGCCGGACCCGCGCUGGGCCAGCAUCAACCUGGGCGUGCUGCUUUGCAUCGAGUGCUCAGGCAUCCACAGGAGCCUGGGAGUCCACUGCUCUAAGGUGCGGUCCCUGACGCUGGACUCGUGGGAGCCUGAGCUGCUGAAGCUGAUGUGCGAGCUGGGAAACCGCACGGUGAACCAGAUCUACGAGGCCCAGUGCGAGGGGCCAGGCAGCAGGAAGCCCACGGCCAGCAGCCCCAGGCAGGACAAGGAGGCCUGGAUCAAGGACAAGUACGUGGAGAAGAAGUUCCUGCGGAAGCCGCCCUCCGCGCCCGCCCGGGAGGCCCCGCGGCGCUGGCGGGCCCGGAGGUGCCCCGGCCAGCACAGCUCGCCCCGCGCCCCCGCCGCCCGCCGCAAGGUCCGGCUGGAGCCCGUCCUGCCCGCCGUGGCCGCCCUGUCCUCAGGUGCCGUGGAGCGCAGGUUCCGCCGGGACUCCCUCUUCUGCCCCGACGAGCUGGACUCCCUCUUCUCCUAUUUUGACGCAGGGGCUGCUGCGGCCGGUCCACGCAGUCUGAGCAGCGACAGUGGCUUAGGGGGGAGCUCUGAUGGCAGUUCGGACGUCCUGGCCGGCGCGGGCUCCGUGGUGGACAGUGUCGCCGAGGAGGAGGUGGCCGAGUCAGACUCCAGCGGCGAGGCGGACGGAGAGGCGGAGGCCUGGGGGCUGGCGGAUGUGCGUGAGCUGCACCCCGGGCUCCUGGCACACCGCGCGGCUCGCACCCGGGACCUCCCCGCGCUGGCCGCGGCGCUGGCCCACGGGGCGGAGGUCAACUGGGCCGACUCGGAGGAUGAGGGCAAGACGCCGCUGGUGCAGGCCGUGCUGGGGGGCUCCCUGAUCAUCUGCGAAUUCCUCCUGCAAAACGGGGCGGACGUGAACCAAAGAGACAGCCGGGGCCGGGCGCCCCUGCACCACGCCACGCUCCUGGGCCGCACCGGCCAGGUCUGCCUGUUCCUGAAGCGGGGCGCCGACCAGCACGCCCUGGACCACGAGCAGCAGGACCCGCUGAGCAUCGCUGUCCAGGAGGCCAACGCGGACAUCGUCACGCUGCUCCGCCUGGCGCGCAUGGCCGAGGAGAUGCGGGAGGCGGAGGCGCCCCCGGGCCAGCCCGGGCCCCUCGCCGUCUGCAGCCCCACGGAGCUGCAGUACCGCCGGUGCAUCCAGGAGUUCAUCAGCCUCCACCUGGAGGAGAGCUAG